GAGCUACAGGUUGAUGGUGGGCAGUUUGAGCCAGCUUUGACAAGUUUGGCCAUCACUGACGUGCGCGUUGGUGCACAUGGUUUUGCACUUGUUCGCCGAGAACAACUCAACAGCUUGUUGCAAGUCACCAGCACUAAGAACCUUGCUCUUGUUGUACCAGGUCACGGUGAUAAGGGUUUUGAUGAUCUUGCGCUCAAGGCCAAGCGUGUCAAAGGCACCGUUGUUGUCAGUGACCCCCAGUUGAAGCGGAAGGAGUUGAAAGAUGUUUCCAUCUUUUCCAUUGGUGCACUCAAGGUUGUUGGCUCUCCUGAGUUCGCCCCGCAACCUUCUGUUGAGAUUGCGGUGCUUGCUGCCAAGGCUAAUUUCGAUGCUGACGCGCGCAACUGGUCAAAUUUCGCAGCUAACGCGCGUGCGGAAUUUCGUCGUCUCGUCGUGUCUUGCUUGGCUCCUGAGCAUCACAGUCGGCUUGAAAUGUAUGCUUUCAAAAAGCUUUCUGACUCGGCUCAUCGCGUGAUUGUCCGCGUGCCCCAAGAUGCAGCGCUGGAGUUCUUGGCCAAGUCUGCCGUUGGGCACUCCUUAACUUUCCAAGCCGUUUGGAGAGAUGAAGCACACAAAGAGUUCCUUGACAGUGUCUUUUGCGUUGAGUGGCUGGGGCCCAAGUCCCUGCCUGAUGCACGAGCAGUGCUGUUGCGCAUUGCUAAACACUUUGGGCUACAGCAGAACCGCACGGGGUUUGGGGUCAGGGUUCCCAUCGUGGAGGUUGCCGAAGCACGUAAGAUCCUCAAGCCGAAUGAUUCGCGCUUCAACGAUUCCAACCGGCAUCUGGUGGGGCGAAUACGCUACUUUGUGUAUGGUCUUCCUGAUGGGACAAGUCGCGCUGAGGUUGCUAAGCUGCUCCUUGAUAAGCUUCAGCUUGCGGCGUUAGUUGGUGGUCCCUUGCGCAGAGGAGGGCAUCUUGUCUUUCCUGUUGCUAUUGAUCAAGAGCCGAACAAAGACACCUUUGAGCUUUCCACUGGCCUCAACCUCCUCGUGAGUCGCAUCCUGCUGCUCCGACCUCUGCAUGCUCGUCUGACAGCCAUCGCAUAUCUGCGCUGGAGCAACGGCUUGCUGACCUUGAAGCUAGCACGCAGCAGCGUUUUGUGGAUCAAGAGGAGUGAUCUUUCGGGCGGCGGUGGCCCGCGCAGUGCCUCCAACGAGGCCAAUGACUUUGCAGAGGCUGUCCGUCAGUCUCUUCGUCAAAAUGAUGCUGCUGUUUCUAAGUGGCGCACUGCGCGUGUCGCUCUCAAACAGCGUGUGCCCGAAAAUUUCAAGCUGUCCCUUGUGCCCGGAGAUGGCAAUUGCCUUUUUGAGGCCGUCGCUCGCGCGGCCAAUUUCAUCCUUCCUACUCGCUGCACUGCUGCUGGCUUGCGGCAUGAUUGUGUGCAAACCAUUCAGCAAGUGUCUCUGUUCCGUGACCGCUUUGCUGAUGAUCUUGAUCUUUCUAACUUUUGCAAGGGCAUGGCCCGCGAAGCAACGUAUGGUGAUGAGCUAUGCGCCUUGUCAUCUGUGUUCACUCUCCUGAAUUUCAACCAAUGUACUUUGGCGAUGUUGGCCCUUGUGUCCACAUCGGCUACAAUGGGUAUAACCACUAUGAUGCUGAAAUUCCUCGCCUGCCUGCUUGUCCUGCAAGCGCUGGCUUUGCGCCGUCGCCCUUGUUUGCCUUGCCGGCUCAACUUCAAAAUGCCAACACGCUGCACCCUCCCAGUGGUGGGCGUGUUUCCUGUAGAGAAGUUGUCGAGCUAG